AUGGCUUCCCAUUACAUGCCCACUCUGUUCUUCUCUUUCACUACAAUGGUCCUGUUAGUACACGGCUACGGCCACACGAACGCGUGCCGUUCGUUCUGCGGGAACCUAACAAUCGACUACCCCUUCGCCCUCAAACCGGGAUGCGGCCACCAAGGCUUCCGGGAGCUCUUGUUCUGCAUCAACGACGUCUUGAUGCUCCACAUCACCUCCGGAUCGUAUCGCGUCCUCGACAUAGACUACGCCUACGGAUCCCUCGUGUUGCACGACCCUCACAUGUCCACUUGCGACACCAUCACACUAGGGAACCGUGGGAACGGAUUCGUAGUCGAGCCAUGGCGAUCACCCUACAUGAAACCUACCCCGGAAACCGUUUUCAUGCUACUGGCGUGCUCGUCCCGGUCCCCGCUCUUCCAGGGGCUCCCGGGGAAGCACACGCCAUGCAGAAACGUGUCCGGCCUCGGCUGUGAGGAUUACUAUGGGUGCCCGGCUUGGGACGUGAUCCCCCCAAGACAGGACAGCCCGGUCUAUGAAACAGGCCCUCCGGAUUGCUGCGCAAUGCCGUAUGAGAGCAUCAAGAGUGUCAAUCUUACGAGCCUAGACUGCCAAGGGUACAGCAGCGCGUACAGCGCUGCGCCGUUGAGAGUAAAAGGGGCGGACGAAUGGGAUUACGGGAUUCAAGUUAAGUAUUCGGCGCAAGGGGGAGAGAUGUUCUGCAGGGCCUGUGAGGCCACUGGGGGUUCAUGUGGGUAUGAUCUUGACAAGAUGAGUGAUCUGUGUAUGUGUGGGAGAUGGAACUCAACCUCUAAUUGUGAUUCAGUCUCCUCUGAUGCAUCUUCUUCUUCACAAACAAGAAACGAAGCUGCAUCACUUACAGGAGGGGUGAUGAUAAUAGGAAUUCUUUGGAGGUACAUAAACAUGGCAAUUGGAAUGGAAUAGAGAGAAGAUCCCAAUCCCAAUUGGUUUUUGUGUGCAUAUUUUUGGCUACUUAGUCCGACUCUACUUAA